AUGGAACCUAAGACGUCAAAUGUGUUCCGAAUCGUGUUUCUUGGAGGGCCUGAGGUGGGGAAGACUUCCCUCAUCCAGCGCUGUAUCCAAGGUGAAUUCAGGGAGAAGCACACACCUACAGUAGAAGAUAUGUAUUUCUAUAAACUCAAUCUUCCAGAUGGACAUUGUGGGCGUUUUGAAGUCAUUGACACAUCCGGGCUACUCGAAUUCUCCGCCAUGAUUGACUUGAGAAUUAGGCAGGCUCAAGCUAUGGUUGUUGUUUAUGCCAUAGAUAACGAAAGGUCAUUUCUUCUGGCAAAAAGUUUAUGCGAAAGGAUUCGCCAUAUAAAAGGGAGCGAGUUUCAGCAUAUUUUACUGGUUGGUAAUAAACUGGACAGACCUGAUCGUGCAGUGUCCACGGUAUCCGCCUGUCGGUUUGUGGGCUGGAAGCCUAAGUGUCUGCUGGUGGAAUCAAGUGCCAAACAUGACUUAAAUGUCAAAGCUAUAUUUCAUAUAUUGUUAGAUAGCUUAUCCCCGUGUGUAGAGGAUAUCGAAAUUUGAAUUCCCAUCAAACACCAUCAGCCAAUAUCUCUAGGGGUUAUUUUUCUGUCAAUCGAUACUUAUUUCCACCUUAUUUCUUAUAAAGAAUCCGAAUUUAUGAAUCGAACUUUUAUAUUUAAAGAUUAGCUUAAUCAUUCAGUUUUGCUAAUAGUUUGUCUGUUUGUACAAACAAAUGGAGGCCGAUUACUUAACAAAAACAGUUCUUUAACUAUCC